AUGAGGGCACGAAAGCGUGCCGCGCGCGAAGGCCAGGCUGCGUACAGGGGGCAGAUCAUCAAGCUUCGACGGGAGUUUGUACCGGUGUCUCCAAAACCGGCCAUGCAGUCUUCAAGGGCACCUAGAGUGGAAAUGAUCACAUGGAAUUGCUCUGGUCUAAGCGAGGAACUGUACCAGGAGUUCUUGUGUUGGCUGCCGACGCAAAAAGACUUGGCGGUAGUGCUACUGCAGGAGACGCACUGGGGGCACACGAGUGAAUGGCGGCGCAAUGGAUGGUAUUUCUGUCACAGCGCGUGCUCUCAGAAGAGACAGGGCGGGCUACUGAUUGCCAUCAGCGAGCGGGCGACAGAUGGUGCGACCAUCCGCUGGAAGGACCCCAUCCCGGGUCGACUGAUGCUUCUGCGAUGUGUCAUGCAGAAACAACAAGUGGACAUCAUCAACUUGUAUCAGCAUGCAUACAGCAUGAGGAGCUCCGAACAACAAGCCAAGCUUAUGUCGAAGCGCCUGCACCUGUGGAAAGAGCUGGACAAACUACUCGGUGAAAUUCCAUGGCGGUCCAUGCUGGUAACUGCAGGUGAUUUCAAUGCAGUUCUGCGCCCAACUCCGGGCGUAGCGGGGUAUGGAAUACACCAAGGCGGUCAGCAACCGGACGUGGUGGCCGACAGAAGCCAGCUGCUACAGAUUCUGGCCUCCAAAGGGCUGUGCAGUUUAAACACCUGGGGGAGAGCGGCAUACACGUAUAAGCAUCCGCAGGGCGAGUCGCAGAUUGAUUACAUCUGUGUAAGACGGGCGGCCGCAGAUGGGGUGGCGAAAAGCUGCGCACCGGAGCCUAGCUUCCUGGCAGGGUGGCGCUCAGCUGGGCAUUGCAUGCUGCGAGCGCAAGUUCGACUACCAUGGCGACCCUGGCACCAACAUACUUCGGGGCGCACUGCCGAGGACAAGGCUGAACCAGAACUUCCAGAAAGUUUGGAGCAGGGUCACCUCAUGACACCGACCGAGGAGUGCAAAAUGCUGCGGGACUAUGUCAAGGAAUUGUUCGAUGGAGAGAGAUUCGAGCUUCCAUGUUUGAGGCUGUUCCGUAUCAAUCUGCUGAGGAGUGGUGCCUGGUUCAACUUGCGUGGACUCAUGUCGCCGGACACAAAAGCACUACUGGUUAUCAUCAAGAAGCACGCCAAUCCAUAUGUUCAGGAGAGGCUACGGCAGCAUCCGCAAUAUGCGUAUCGACAAGGAGCCUCCACCGCAGAUCCCAUACUUCGGGGCAGUUCGCACUGUAGCUCUGUUCGGAAGGCGCUUGCGUUAUGCUCGACGGAUCUAACUUCGAAGAUCUUGGCCAAGGCGCAGCCACAGUUGUGUGGGGGGCUGAUGCUCAGUUUGGACUUACAUAAAGCCUUUGACUCUUUGGCCUUUUCGGAGAUGUACUUGGCGCUCAUUGAAACCAACAUGCCAGAACCCCUUGCGAGCUUAAUCAUGCAUAUUCAUUGCAAGACGAAGCUCAUCAUCAGACAUGGUGGAACAUCCAUGACGGUGGCAAUGAAACGUGGACUUCGACAAGGGUGUCCAGUUGCGCCAAUGAUUUACGCGGCGUGGACUUGCAGAGUCUGUAGGUUGGUUAAUGAAGCACUGGGUAAGAACUGGACGUCCAAAUGCUUAAGCAUCUACGCUGAUGAUAAACAUUGUUUCUGGUCGCUUCAGUCGGAGAAUGAUCUCAGAACAGCACUGCAACAGGCGAGCCAGGUAGUACAUGUUUUGGGGCGGAGUGGCAUGCAGGUAAACUUCAGCAAAUCCGCAGCGGUGCUCAUGCUGCGGGGAGUCAAGGCUUCGAUCAUGCAGGCCCUGGUCACAAGAAUCUGGAAUGGAGUACAUUGCUUGUGCCUGCAGGGGGAGAACACGAAGCGGAGCAUCUACAUUCCCUUGAAAGAGGAGCUAGAGUACUUGGGGGUGGUUUUGUCCUACAAGCAAUUUGAACAGGCGACGGUGCAAGCUCGUGGGAAGCGCGCGGACCAGAUCUUCAGCACUUUGAGGCCGGUUCUGAGAACGCAGAGUGUUCUGAGCACUCAGCAGAGAUUGCGGAUAUAUCGUGCUUGUGUCAGUCCAGCGCUGUACUAUGGCAUUGUGUCGAUCGGAGUGACAUCCUCGGUGGUGAAGCAGCUUGUUUCAGUGCAGGCUCAACAUCUACGUAAACUCCUACGGGUAGUGGAGAAAGGGGUCACCAAUGAACAAGUUCUUGAACGUGCGAACAUUGAUCCGAGACAUGAAAUCCAGCAACGAGCACUGCAGCAACUACAGGCCGUGGAAAAUGAUCAACAUCGAGAUCCCGUACUCAGGCAGCUGGAGCACAGGCGGGCAAAGGACAUAAAUGGUGACCUAUCCCAGCUUUGCUCUCACAAGUCGACUGGUACCUUGAUUCCAGUACCUUCCAGCUUGGCGGUGCCGCAGGAUUGCCCGGUUUGCGGACAGACGUUCAAUGGGCAGCACAAUCUGCACAUGCACAUCCAGGCCAAACAUCCGGAACUCAAUCAAAGGGCUAAGAUUUCUUUUAAUAGACGGGAUCAUGCGCUGUUCGGGCUGCCUUACUGUAGGUUUUGCAGAGCACGCGUGUGUGACUGGAAUGCGCUGGCGAAACACGUGACGCAAGGCAUGUGUCUGCGCCUGAAGAAUGGUUUUGCACAGGCCAAAACCCUGGACGAGAUCAUGAGGGAGGUCAUACAGGAGGAACAGGCGCAUCCACCAGUACCACCUGCAGAUCACAUUGACAGUACCAUUCCAGUACUUGCCAUCGAAGACCUUUUCAGAGUGCCGGUGCAUGAAACUACGAAUCUGGCAGCACAGUACCGGUCCUUGAUGCAGCAAUGCUUGGAAGUCAUCCAGGACCCACUGCAGAUCGCCACGGUUGAGAAACCACAGGAGGGCAAGCAGUGGGAGAAACCGCCAGCAUACCAAGAGUUUGCUCUGGCAGGAACGCCAUUGGGCAAAGCCUUCGCCACUACAGCAGCUCAGGGACAGGCUCGCGGAAGCAGCUCCUUGAAGACUACGGGAGCAGAAGGCAGCCUCUGCUACGUGAAUUCCGGGAUCGCGGCACUUCUUCACACCUACGAGGCAGCGGAACAGGGCCAAGUCAUCAGUCUACAUCAGCAGGCCUUUUUCGUUAGGCUUUGUGGAGCAUGGUCUUUUGAUAAUCGGCAGAAGGACACGGCCGAGUUCAUACAUCAUGUCAUCGAGGAGGUCCUAGACUACUUGAUCAAGGUGGUCUUCCGAUUCCGAUGCAGCUUCCGCCCGAGGUUCACAGGAGCCAGAAAAAUCAUGACGCCGAUCAGCGUCGAGGACUCAGUGAUGCUGCCGAUUUUUCAGGAGGGCAUCAACGUGAGAUGGGAAACAUUCAAAAUCACAGCGGUGCAGGAUAUGGAGCAGAUGUUCUUUUCCAAAUACCGUCCAAGGGGACCUCCGCCUGAGAACCCAGGGGCAGAGGAAGGGGAAGCAUCGUCACAUCCAGAGGAUCAGAGAGGUGGCAGCUGGGCGCGCACCGACAAGGACGGGGCAAACGGAAAGCACAAUGGUCGUGGCAAAGGCCGCAACGACGCUGCUGCGAACAAGCGCAGCCCUGCGCGCUGGUCUUCCGACUCGACAUCGUGGCAGAGGCAGUCAUGGAGCGGCGGCAGCCAGGAGGUGCAGGAGCUAAGACAAAGCAUGCAGCAAGUACAGCGACUUCUUUUAAGGCACGAGGACGACCUCAAUAUCAUCAAGGCGGAUCACAGCUUCAUGAUCUUCAUGCGGGUGAAGGGAGCUUGCUCGAUUGUUCAAUCGGUGUUUUCUGCACAGGAGGAAUGGAGGACCAUAAAGUCCAAAGAUCCCUCGAGUCUGAAAAGACCCAUGAGGGUGGCUCUGCUGUGUUGCAUUUUCAAAGAACUUGGGGAGCGACUGACGGGGCUAAAAAGUCCUGAACAAUCGGAGGCUCUGGAUUCCCUGAAGACCUUGAAGUGGCUUGUGCCCACGGACAAUGUGGAGGAUCCCAGCUGGGCAUACCUGGAAUGGAAUGCAACGGCGCAGAGGUUGGAGCCGGACGGGAAUCGCGCGGGCCUCGGCUAUGUGAAGACGAUUGCGGUGAUCCAGGCGGUGCUCCAGUUGGUUUCGUAUGAGAGGGUGGUUACCUCGUUCCAUCCCACGCGGGACCUCGUGGCCAACAUGACGGGGGAGUCUGUGCCUUUCAAGAUGAUGUUGAACUCUCGAUCCCAAGAAGCUUCGGUUCUACAUGGGUACCUGAAGGAGCUGUCGGGGUGCGCUGCUUUGCAGCUCAUCGGCGCUACGCUGCGGCCCGAAAGACCGCAGAGAUCAGGUGCAGCCCAAGCCAUUGCGAAGCAGCUUGGAUGGCGCUGA